CCCUACCCUUCGGACUCCAUAUAUAUUUUGACUCUAUAUAUGUGGGCACUUGAUAUCUAUGAGGGUUCACCCACCCCGGUUACAGCAUUCCUUUCUAUUGCGCCUAAAAUCUCAAUUUCUGCUAAUAUUUCAUGUGUUUCUAUUUAUGGUUCUUAUGGAGCUACAUUGCAACAAAUCUUCUUUUUCUGCAGCAUUGCUUCUAUGAUCUUAGGAGCACUGGCCGCCAUGGCCCAAAUGAAAGUAAAAAGACUUCUAGCUCAUAGUUCAAUUGGACAUGUAGGUUAUAUUCGUACUGGUUUCUCAUGCGGAACCAUGGAAGCAAUUCAAUCACUACUAAUUGGUAUCUUUAUUUCUGCAUCAACGAUGAUAGAUGCAUUCGCCAUAGUUUUAGCAUUACGGCAAACCCGUGUCAAAUAUAUAGCUGAUUUGGGUGCUUUAGCCAAAACGAAUCCUAUUUUAGCUAUUACCUUCUCCAUUACUAUGUUCUCAUACGCAGGAAUACCCCCGUUAGCCAACUUUUGUAGAAAAUUCUAUUUGUUCUUCGCUGCUUUGGGUUGUGGGGCUUACUUCCUAGCCCCAGUAGGAGUAGUGACUAGCGUUAUAUGUCGUUGGGCGGCCGGAAGGUUGCCAUGA